CAACGGCCCCGACCUGGCCGUGCUGUACAAGCCGUUCGGCAUGUCGGUGCACUCUGUCACGGAGCGCGCGCCGCACUGCCUGGCGCAAUUCUUGCCGGGCCUGGCGCGCCACCUCGGCUGCGAGCGGCUGUUCACCGUACACCGGCUGGACCGUGACACCACCGGCGCCAUCCUCGUCGCCAAGUCGCUCGACUCGGCGCGGCGGCUGCACGACCUGUUCCGCGAGGGACGCGUCGUCAAGACGUACUGGGCGCUGGUGAAGGGCGCGCCCGAGCAGCGGCGCGCCGUCAUCAACAUGCCCGUCGAGGAGGGCACGGUCAGCGGGCGCACGCGGAUGACGCUGGCGGCGCGGCUGCCCGGGGCCGCGCUCGAGGCGCUGGGGAUCCGCCAGCCGGAGGCGCGCCACCUCCCGAUGCACCUGCACGCGCGCGCCCUCUGGCUGCCCGGCCUGGAUGGCCGGGUCACGGCACCGCUGCCGCUCUUCUUCAAGCGGAACUUGCGACGGCUGGGACUGAGUGCCGGCCAGGGGCGCCCGACGGCGAAGGGGGAGUAG